CUUAUCAUGUUGGUUACAACACAAAAUAUUUCAUUCACAACUUUUACAUUGAAUGGAUUUCUUGCUUUCGGAGAAUGGAGGCCCAUUCUUUCCAUUCCUUAUCUCCUUAUGUUUUUAUUGUCUACAAUUUCAAACUCUAUUCUUAUAUAUUUAAUUAUUUCUCAGAGGGCUUUGCACUCUCCUAUGUGUAUACUAAUUGGUCUUAUGGCAGUUGUAGACCUGUGUUUACCAAUAUUUUUUGUUCCAAAUAUGUUGCUUAAUUUCUUAUUCAACUGGAAUGGAAUUUCCCUUUUGGGCUGUUUGGUGCAAAUGUUUUUCAUUCAUGUAGUUGGUACUUUUCAGUCUACUAUACUGCUCUGGAUGGCUCUGGAUCGGUUCUUUGCUAUAUGUCGACCUCUUUAUUACCACACACACAUGGCAAUGCCCAACUGUCUGAAGUUUAUUGUUUUUCCAGUUAUCAGAAAUGUACUCUUAAUUAUGAUGAUUGUAUCUUGGGCUGGAAAAUUAUCUUACUGUGUGACAAAUGAGAUAGAUCACUGUUUUUGUGAACAUAUGGCAUUGGUUCAGUUGGCUUGUGGAGAUAUUUCCAUUAACAACAUAUUGGGGCUUUCAUGCAUUUUCCUUAUAACAACAACUGAUUUUUUUUUAAUCAUAGUGUCAUAUUUAAUAAUACUGUUUUAUGUUAUAAAAACUGGCAAAGGUAGUGCAAAGGCUAUUAACACUUGUAUAACACAUAUAAUUGUUAUGACAGUUACUGCUACCUUUGCCUUAAUUGCAUUUAUGUCAUACAGAAUAAGAAAUAACUUUUCUCCCUCAAACCGUGUCUUUCUAAGCACAAUGUACUUGCUUUUUCCAAGUUGUUUCAACCCAAUUAUUUAUGGAGUACGAAACAAAGAAAUAAGAGAACAAUUUUUAAAAUUCAUGUACCAAAUUGUGUCUUAA